AUAUUGAGUUAAAGCUCGCAGAGCAAGCAGGUCCUAGGUUAAUGACCGAAUCGGACGACCAAUUCAUACGCUCUUCCUUCAGCCACGUCAGCGUCGGCAUACCAGCUCCCCUCAUUCCAAUUUCCCAUCAGCCGCGGUCCCCGCACUGCCGUGGCACCAAACACCGCAAACCAGGUCACCCCACCUUUAUUUUGUUCCUCUCAGCGCCCACCUCGAAACCCAGUUUCUUCCCUCGCCCGAAACCCAAUUGUCCUGUCACCAGCGCCAGAUCAGCCCCGUAACAACUUUCGCAACAGCAUCCACUAUGAACGACAGCAGGUCUCCGCGCUCUGCGCCGGGCCCGGACACCAACCGUCCCAGAGGCAUCCUCAAGAACCCCACCUCCCCAACCCACGCCCACCACCCCGCCGCCACCGUCACGCUCGCCUCGCCGCCUCACCACCCCUCCCCGCCCUCCCGGCAGGCCUCCACGUCCUCGGACCCCAACCACCCCGCAGCAGGCAGGGAGGCGAUCAAGGAGAUCACCAUGGCCAACACGCAAUACAACGCCGGCCACCGGCGCUCCUCCUCCUCGGGCGGGGCCCGGCGCCCGAGCCGCACGCCAUCGGCCGCGGGCGGCGACGAGGGCGGCAGCCCGCGCCUCAAGUGGGACGAGGCGAACCUGUACCUGACGGAGCAGGAGCGCACCGCGACGAUGAAGAUCACGGAGCCCAAGACGCCGUACGCGCGGCACUACGACCCGGCCGCGGACCCGAGCGACGACGACGAGGACAUGGACGGCGGCGGGCUAGGGGGUGCGGACCUGGACCGGAUCGACGGCGUCGCGGGGCCGGGGGGCAGGAGGAAGCGGGCUUCGUCGGGGCUGGGGGCCGCUGAGGAUGAUAUACCGGGUCUGAUGCUGGGGGAGCCGGAGGCGGCGGUCCCGGAGGAGGCGGAGGCCGGGGCGGGGGCGGUGAGGCGGUCGAGGUCUGUGCACGUGGAUAACGGGGUCGAUGGCGUCGGCGGGGUCGGCGGCGGCGGUGCGGGCCUGCAUGAUGCGGACGAGCUGGCGGGGCUGAGUCCCGAGGAGAGGGAGAAGCAUCGCCGGUUCGAGGAGCUGCGGAAGAAGCACUACGAGAUGAAGAAUGUGGCCAAGUUCCUUGGGCACUCGGAGGAGCUGGUGGAUGAUGAGAUGGACGAGGAUGAUGACGACAAUGAUGGAGAUGAGCAGCCGUCUGUGCCUGCGCUGCCGGGGCGGGUUAACGGCUCGUCGUGAAAGGAGGAGGAGGAGUCAUUUGUUAUGUGUAUAUGGGCGUUUCUGGUCACGUUUAUGGUGAAUGGAAGGCAUUAGGUGUGGAUGGCAGUGGCUCGGGGUGCGAGGGUUGUGGAUCGCAUCGCCAGUUGGAUGACCUCGACGACGGUUUCAUCGGUGGAGUUAUGGGCAUUUGACAAAGGAGUGGUAAGGCGUCUAUCUGAUGACGGAAUAUCUGUUGCCUGUCCGUGUUGGAAUCACCUCUGGCUAGUUUCUGCUUUCAUUCGCCCUCCGCGGCGGGACAGUUUUGGUCUCUUGUAUUGCACUAUAUAGCACUCGACCUCGAGGUUGAAACAACCCAGCCGGAUCUCUGAGCCCACCCUACCGGGGGCCAUUCUGGAGAUACUCUAUAGCAAAGAUCCGAAUAGAUAGGCUUCCCAAG